AUGCUUAUUCUUGCUUUCUUUUUUCUUUCUUUCUUUCUUUUUAUUUUUUUCAUCUUUACUUUAAUUAAUUUCUUUUCCUUAUUUCAUUCUCUACGUUCUCUUAUUCUUUCUCUUAUUUCUUCUCUUAUUCUUUCUUUCGCCUGUUGCCUUUCUUUCAAUUUUCUUCCUUGUCUUUUUGUUUCAUUCACCAUUUUCUUUUUCUUUUUUUCUCUUUCAUUUCAGCGUCUCUCUUUUUUUCGCUGCUCGCUUUCUUUUUGCUUCUUUAUUUCUUUUUCUUUAAUUUUCUCUUUAAUCCUUCUCUUGCAACAUUUCUUCCUUCUUUUCUUCUUCUUCUUCGUCUACUUCUUGUCCCAAUUCUUAUACUCUUCUAUUUCUCUUUUCCUUACUAGUAUAUUCACACCUCUUUUUUUUUCAACCAUUUAUUGUUCUUACCAUUUUUAUUCUUCCAUUCCACUUUUCUUUCUUUCUUUUUUCUUUUUUCUUUCUUUCUUUCUAUCUUUCUUUCUUUCAUUCGUCUAUUUAUUUAUUUUCGUUGUUCUCUAUUCAUCUCUUUCUCAGACAAUGCAACUCCUUUUCCGCAAAAAGACACUUGUCUUUCUCUUUUUCUUUCAUUUUUGUCUGUUUAGACUGCCUUGUCCGUCUCACCGACUCCGGAUUCUGGGGUGGCUCUCCUGCUGUCUCUGA